GCCUCGAGCGCGGCCUCCGCCUUCCUGUGCCACCCCCGCGGGGACAGCGCUGGGACCCCCCUGGCGUGUCCCCCGUGUCCCCAGGCGUGUCCCCAGCGCUGUCCCCGGCCGUGUCCCUGUCCCCAUGUCCCUGGCGCUCAAGGCCCGGCAGCGGGCGAGGCGCAAGGGCGGCUCCCGGGAGCGGCUCUUCGGCUGCGACCUCCUGGAGCAUCUCCAGCGCUCGGGGCAGGACGUGCCGCAGGUGCUCCGGAGCUGCACGGAGUUCGUGGAGCAGCACGGGGUGGUCGAUGGCAUCUACCGCCUGUCUGGGGUGUCCUCCAACAUCCAGCGGCUGCGGCAGGAGUUCGAGGCGCAGCGCAGCCCGGACCUGUCGCGGGACGUUUACCUGCAGGACGUUCACUGCGUCAGUUCCCUGUGCAAGGCCUACUGCCGCGAGCUGCCCAACCCCCUGCUCACCUACCAGCUCUACGACAAGUUCGCCGACGCCGUGGCCAUCCAGAUGGAGGAGGCUCGGCUGGUGAAGAUCAAGGAGGUGCUCAAGGAGCUGCCGGUGCCCCACUACAGGACUCUGGAGUUCCUGAUGCGUCACCUGCUGCGCAUGGCCGGCCACAGCGGCCGCACCAACAUGCACGCGCGGAACCUGGCCAUCGUGUGGGCCCCCAACCUGCUGCGCUCGAGGGACAUCGAGGUGUCCGGUUUUAACGGCACGGCGGCGUUCAUGGAGGUGCGGGUCCAGUCCAUCGUGGUGGAGUUCAUCCUCACCCACGUGGAGCAGCUCUUCGGGGACGCCCCGCUCCGAGGUGGGGACUGUCCCCGUCGCUCGCUGCUCCUGCCCGGGGGGGCUCCCCCUCUGCACGUCCCGGCCGUGCUGGGUGACGGCCCCCCCCAGAUGAGACCCUACCACACCAUCAUCGAGCUCGGCGAGCACAGGAGCAAGGGCUCCCUGAAGGCCAAGAAGUGGAGAUCCAUCUUCAACCUGGGCCGCUCCGGGCACGAGGCCAAGCGGAAGCCGGGGAAGGCGGAGGAGAAAGACAAGUGUGAGAAGGUCGGUCUGCGGCCGGCCAAGAGCAUGGACUCGCUCAGCUCCGGCCCCUCCGGACCCCCAGGCGCGGACUCUGCCCGGCUGCUGCCGAAGCUGUCGAUGAAGCUGCGGCCGCAGCGGCAGCACAGCUCGGACGCUGCCUCCGCUCCCCCGGAACCGCACCCGGAGCUGGACGAGAGCCUGGAGGAGCCCCUGGAAGCGGCGGCCGAGAGCAGCACCAAGUCCGAGCCCACCACCCCCAAAGCCCCCCGGGCGGGGCCGGGGGUCUGCGGCCGCUCCCGUGCCGAGAAAUGCGCGGGGCUGCACAUCUCGGGCCCCUUCUCGGUCACCGUCCCCUUCCACAUCACCUCCAACCUGUCCCGCCUCACCCGGGGGCUCCCCUGCCCAGCUCUGGAACGGGAAACUCCCCCCGGCAGCGCCCCCGAGCCCGCCCGGGACCCCCGGCCCCGCUCCGGAGAUGCGGAGCAGACGCGGCUCUCCCUGGAGCUCCGCGAUUCCUUCGCCUUCCUGGACGGCCCCGAGACGUGGCUGGAGGGCGGCGGGGACACGGAGGCGGCGGCGCCGAGUCCCGGGAUCGAGGAUGGAACCCCCGGGAUCGAGGAUGAGACCCCCGGGAUCGAGGAUGGGACCCCGGGGAUCGAGGAUUGGACACCCAGGAUCGAGGAUGGAACCCCGGGGAUCGAGGAUGGGACCCCCGGGAUCGAGGAUGAGACUCCCGGGAUCGAGGAUGGGACUCCCGGGAUAGGGGAAGGGUUCCCGGCCGUGGAGGAGGGGAUGGAGAGCGGGUUCAUGAACCCAGGUGAGCGCUGGCCGGAGCAGCCGGACAGUUACCUGUCCAUCGAGGAGUGCACGGAGCAGGACAUGUUCUUCCUGGCCCCCGGAGCCUCCGACCCCGACUCCGACCCUGAGGAAAUCUUCCUGAGCGCCCACGACGAGCUCAGCCCGCUGGGGACUGCCCUGGACACCCCUGAGGGACCCCUGGGCACGGGGACAGCCCUGGAGAUCCUGGAGAUCCCGGAGAUCCCGGAGAUCCCAGAGAUCCCGGAGAUCCCAGAGAUCCCAGAGAUCCCGGAGAUCCCAGAGAUUCUGGCCCAAACAGCCCUGGAAAAGGAUGGUCCGGGAGUGCGGGACCCCCCCCAGCCCCCCGAGCCCCCCGGGGCUGUCCCGGAAGGGGCCGAUGUCACCCCCGGGGUCACCCCGACCUCUCCCCCUGCCCUGGCCCCUGGAGCGGCCCCCAAACCCCUGGAGCUGAUCCACGACGAGCACCCCGAAUUCCCGGAGCCCCCCAGGCCCUCGGAGACCCCCGGACCACAGGAACUGAUCCAAGUUGAGCCCCUGAGACCCAUAAAGUCAAUCCAGGAUGAGCCCCCCAAAAACCUGGAGCCCAUCUCUGCUGACCCCCCGAAAUCCCUGGAGCUCCCUGGAGCCCUGGAGCUGAUCCAGGACGAGCCCCCCAAAUCCAUGGGGCCGAUCUGGGAUGAGCCCCCCAGAUCCCUGGAGCCCCCCAAAUUCCCAGAGGCUCCCAGGCCUCCAGAGCUGAUCCAGGGUGACCCCCCUGGAUCUCUGCAGCUGAUCCAGGAUGAGGCCCCCAAAUCCCUGGAGCUGACCCUGGCUGAGCACCCCAAAUCCCUGGAGCCCCCCAAAUCCCUGGAGCUGAUCCAGGAUGAGGCCCCCAAAUCCCUGGAGCCCCCCAAAUCCCUGGAGCUGAUCCAGGAUGAGGCCCCCAGAGCCCUGGAUCCGAUCUGGGGUGAGCCCCCCAAAUCGCGGGACCCUCCUGGACCCCUGGAGCUGAUGUGGGAUGAGAGCCUCAAACCCCUGGAGCCGAUCCCAGCCGAGCCCCCCAAAUCCUGGGACCCCCCCAAAUCCCUGGAGCCGAUCCCAGCCGAGCCCCCCAAAUCCUGGGACCCCCCCAAACCCCUGGAGCCGAUCCCAGCCGAGCCCCCCAAAUCCUGGGACCCCCCCAAAUCCCUGGGGCUGAUCCUGGCUGAGACCCCCAAACCCUGGGACGCUCCUGGACCCCCAAAUCUGACCCGGGACGAGCGCCCCAAAUCCCUGGAGCCGAUCCUGGCUGAGUCCCCCAAAUCCCAGGACCCCCUGGGACCCCCAAAUCUGAUCCGGGACAGGCGCCCCAAAUCGCUGGGGCCGUUCCCCCCGCGCAGUUCCCGCCGCCCCCUCCCCAUUUUGGGGGCGCGGGUGCUGCUGGCCCGGGCCGUGCCCGUGGUGCCCCCCAAGCCCCACUUCGCCUGUGCCCUGUCCGGCCCCGUCCCCGCUCCCCCGUCCCGGCCCUCACCGAGCGCCGCCCGCUUCCAGCAUGGCGCCGCCCUCACCCAAGAUGGCGGCGGGGCGGCGGAAGCGCCGCGGGCCUCGCCGUGUAAGAUGGCGCCGCGCGCGGCCCCGCGCGCUAAGAUGGCGGCCGGCCGUGAGGGCGGCCGUGCCCGGCGCCAAGAUGGCGGCGCGGCGCUGCGCGGAGCGGCGCCCCGGCCCAAGAUGGCGGCGCGAAGCCGGGCCGGGGCCGCGUGA